CUUAUUGUUGGUGACUAUUUCAAGUCAUCUGGUGGCACAGUUUACCUGGGAUACUCAAAGAAAGCAUCUGACCUCAUUUCUUGGCUUCGAAGCAAGACACUUGUUCUAGCAACACUAAGAGAUAUCCAAGUUGCCCUCAAUUCAACUAACUCAUCCCGUCCUAAUCGUGUUCUCACUGUAAUCCGUGCAGUUUUGACCAGAUGGACUGUUCAUUAUCUUGCCUUCAGACGACUUCUUGAUCUUAAAUUUGCACUCGACAUUCUCGUCAGGCAGGAGAAAAGUCUCGGACAGGAUUCAAAAAUAGUUACGGUAAAAAAUCAUUCCUUUUUCAUUGAGUAUCAGCUGAAUCGAAAUUUUCGUAGGAUGGUCAGUCACCUGCAGCCCUUAUCAUUGGUAAUCAACAUUGCUCAGGCCACACACUGUUGUCUCGAUGAAGUUUUGAUCAUUUUUGGCUUUCUAAUAUCAAGAUAUACUGCGCUACAAGGGAAGGCUUCAUCAGUCGGAGAAAAUUUGAUGAUUCAGGCUAUCAUUGAUUCUCUCAAAAAGCACUGGAGCAAAUGCGAUCAAGAUGUAUUUCUAGCUGCAGUUGUUUUGAACCCUCUUUACAGGAUCAAGCCCUUUGCUUGCCUUCGCAAAUUUACCAAUGCAGGACUCAUGACAUUAUUUGUCAAGUUAUGGGGUCGAUUUUUCCCUAACACACCCUCUGAUGAGUUUCGAAAGGAGUUCUUAGAGUAUCUAGAAGGACAUGGGGACUACGGCGAAGAAUUUAUAAAUUGGGUGGACUUGGUUCGAAGUGCGGCCAAGGUUGAGGCAUGUUUAAUCUGUCUAUAA